AUGAAGACAAACAUGAGAAAGAUGAGAGAGGAAGAGACAAGAGGAAUUCCAACACCUGCGUUGAUACAUGCGGCUCUACUCAUUCAGCGCUGGUAUCGUCAGUGCGUCGCACGAUUAGAGGUGCGUCGUCGCUGCACGUGGAACAUCUUUCAGUCUAUCGAGUAUUCAGGAGAACAGGAUCAUAUAAAGCUUCAUAAUUUUUUUGGUUAUUUGAUGGAUCAUUUCACUCCUUCCAGCGAUGAAAAGAAUCUGAUCUGUCAUCUGUUUCGUGAGACUGAAGUGAGUCAUGAUGUGGAUUUGGAGAGAUGUUUCUGUUAUAAGAACAUUGAUGUUCCUGACGGUUAUAACGGUCCUCAUCUCUCGUUCCCGCUGACCGUUUCUAACGUCACUGAUCUGGUGCAGGCCUUCAAAAACAAACAAAAGCUUCACGCACGAUACGUCCUACAGCUGUUCGGGAACACGUGGACACUGCUGCGAUUGAUGCCAAACAUCAGUCACGUGUCCACCUGCAAACACAAAAAAAUCACUAUCUGUGGCGACUUACACGGACAUCUUGAAGAUCUGCUGCUGGUUUUUUACAAAAAUGGUUUUCCUUCAGCGGAGACUCCAUAUGUGUUUAACGGUGACUUUGUGGACAGAGGAAAAGAAUCCAUCGAGAUCCUCAUUGUUCUGUUUGCGUUCAUGUUGCUGUAUCCACACGACGUUCAUCUGAAUAGAGGAAACCACGAAGAUCACAUUGUUAACCUGCGGUAUGGCUUCACUAAGGAAGUUCUUAGCAAAUAUCGGGAUCAUGGGAAAAAGAUUCUAAAACUUCUGCAGAAGGUUUUCAGCUGGUUGCCAUUGGCAACAGUGAUUGAUCAGAAAGUUCUGAUUCUACAUGGAGGAAUUUCCGACAAGACGGAUCUGAACCUGAUCGGCAAGCUGGACCGACAUCGAGUGUGUUUCUCACUUCAGUUUCAGCAAAACAGUGAAAUCCUGUUCACACUGAUAUUUGUUUCGUCUCUCCGGCCGCUGAAGAGAAGCGGAGCAUCUGUGCACCUGAAGGGAGUGCCUCUCGAUCCGGACGAUGACGACGUCAGUGUAGGUCGCAGGCACGUUCAGUCUCUGACUCAAAGAAUGGCGCUACGACACAGACAGGAUCUGCUGCGGCAUUCCGUGCAUUCCGAGUCCGGAAGGAUGGGUCGAUCCGUGGAGGAGGAGCUGACAGAGAGACACCAUCUGGCUGGACUCAGUCUCUUGUCUGAUUCAGAGCCCAGUUGUGCUGAACUUCUGGAAACAGAUGCAGACGAGUGGAAACAGAUAGUGGACAUCCUGUGGAGUGACCCGAUGUCUCAGAAUGGUUGCGUCCCAAAUGAGGUUCGUGGUGGGGGGUGUUACUGGGGGCCGGAUGUCACUGAGAACGUGCUGGACAGACACAAACUACAGCUGCUCAUUAGAUCACAUGAGUGCAAACAGGAAGGGUUCGAGUUCUGCCACAACAACAGGGUUUUGACAAUAUUUUCAGCCUCUAAUUAUUAUGACAUUGGCAGUAACAGAGGCGCUUACAUUCGAAUGGGUCAUGACCUCAUUCCUCACUUUAAACAAUUCCAGGUCAGCCGAACGACACGAGACCUAACACUCAGACAGAGAGUGGGCCAUACAGAACGUUCUGCAUUACAGGCUCUGAGGAUGCAGCUGUUUGCACAUAAAUCUUCCCUGAUUCGACAAUUUCAGGAAUACGACCCCAAGUGUACAGGUCUGGUCUCUCUGAAACAUUGGGCGGUUGCUGUGGAGACGGUUCUGCAUCUCAGUCUGCCGUGGAGGGUUUUGCGAUCUCAGCUGGUGACGAAUAGCACACAGGACGGGCUGCUCAACUAUCAUGAUUGGUUUAACGAGCUGUCAAUCAUUCAGUCAACCACUGAGAUUGCCAACACAAGUCUUCUGGAGACCCUUUACAAACAUCAUUCAAACCUGGAGACCAUCUUCAGAAUGAUUGACACGGAUCAUUCAGGUCUGAUCUCAUUUGAGGAGUUUCAUCAGACGUGGAAACUCUUGAGUUCUCACCUACAGAUGGACAUCAGUGAUAAAGCCAUCACAGAUCUCGCCGAGAGCAUCGACUUCAACAAGGACGGCAGUAUCGACAUCAACGAGUUCUUGGAGGCCUUUCGACUGGUGGAAAAUUGUGGAGCCGAGAGAGAACCGCUGCCAUCACCAAACUCACCGCAGUGACAUCUGCUGACAUAACACAAACAUCUUGCCAAAAAAACACGUCAUUAAAACGGUCAGACUUCACCCGUCGAAGACUGUCUUGGAGUAAAAAUUACAUCAUAUUGUGUGAUAUAAACAAAGAUGUUUUUUGAUGCUUAACUGCAUUUAAGCAAUUAGGGCAGCUGUGGCUCAGGUUGUAGAGCGGGUUCUAAUCGCAGGGUUGACGGUUUGAUUCCUGGCCCACAUGACUCCACAUGCCGAAGCAUCCUUGGGCAAGACAUUGAACCCCAAGUUGCUCCCAAUGGCAGGCUAGCGCCUUGCAUGGCAGCUCUGCAGUCAUUGGUGUGAGUUUGUGUGUGAAUGGGAGAAUGUGUCACAGUGUAAAGUGCUUUGAAAACCGCUAAGGUUAAAAAAGCGCUAUUUAAGUUUACCAAUUAGGCACUCAAGGAUGUGCAAUUUUGUGAAUAAAGUAAUGGCCAUUACAAACGACACAGUGGAGUGACUAUAUUCACAACAUAACACAACCUGAAGUGCCUUAGUGACAAAAUAAAGAUAUUGAGGCAGAUUUUUAUUAAAUUUCUUUUUUAUUAAAGUCAUCAAGUGUCAUUCUUCCACUAGGAGAUGUAGUUACUCACAUGUAACAUGGUUAAUAGUUGUUCUGUAUGUUUUCUGUGCAGUGAUUUACAGAUGUUUCACAUCAUAACAUGAUUGGAACGCUGUACUGACCAAUCAGCAUUCAGGAACUGAACGACUCCUGUCUCGUUCUAACAAACGGUCAUUUAUUAUUGAAACUACAUGGAAUACAUUGAAACUUUAAUUAAUUACUUAACACACACCACAGGAGAAAAAAAAUCCAACACAAAUCAACAUUCUGAUCAUGAUGAUGUUAUUAAAUGUACGUCUCGUUUAUUUCUCAUGUUGACACCAAGAACACCAAGUUUCUUUGACACUGUCAGGAUUUAAAGAUCAUCUGAUGUUUAAUGAUCAUGAAGUGAAGAGACGCUGCAGCACCAAACAAACACGCACAAUGCUGACACUGUGUGUGUAUUACAGGAG